ACUAUACGCGUACAUCGCUGCUGCGAUAUAUUACCUAUACAUAGGUAGGUAGUGUGGAGAUUUUCGUUUAUACGAUAUAUAUCGAACAAUCUCAAAGAGAAACUAUAUAUAAACGAGAAUUUGUUUUUUUACCAUACACAAGUACACAGACGCACGCUCGCGAUGUAUAUACAUUCAAAAUCUGUCUCCCUCGCGAUCGUUCGCUCGCGCCCCUUUCUGCGUAUAUAUAAUAUGUGUAUAUAAAUAAUAUAUAUCCCCGUCGCAUCCCUCUUUCUCUCACUCUUCCUCUCUCGCUCGGUGUCCUCUAUUCUCGCGCUCACCUCCAAAACGCAGGUAUACGUACGUAUAGGUAUAUACCUACCGGCGGCGGGACUUCAGCAGACCGCCGUGGCAACCGUAACCAUAUCGCGGGGCGACGGCGGUGUGCACGGAACGGGGGCGGCGCCCGGCCGGACCAAUCAGGACGCCGACCGGCCGUCACGCCCAGAAACUAUCGGUCGCGCCGCCGAAUGUUUACUCGUGUUUUCACCCCUCGACGCGCACGGUAACGGAGAAUUCGUCGGGGAGGGGGUGCGGAGGGUGAGAAACGCGGAGAAACUACGCGGAGAGAAUAAACCGCGCGCACCGCUGCGGACGGAGAGAGAGAGACGGUGACGGAUUGGUGACGAAAAGGAGCGCAGAAAUCGAAACACAGAAAACGUACAUCACACACGCACACACACACACACACACACACACACACACACACACACACACACACACAUACGUGAGCGGCAGAAUGAAAAUAAAACAAAUUUGUAUAUAUUUACGCACGUACGCUCGGCGGCGGCGGCCGGUUCGAUGUUUGUGUAUUUGUUGUUGUACCGCGGCACGGCCUGCAGGAGGUGGGGAGAGCGGCGGCGCGUCGUAGGCGUACACCAAUAAUAAUCGCGCGCGUAUAGAGAUCUACGUGUACCGCGGCGGACAACGCGUGUGCAGCGCUGUUGUUGUGUUCAUUCGCGACCGUACCGCCGUCAUGUGCAGCAGGGCCGCCAUGAUCACCGCCGCCGCCGACGAUCAGCUGCAGCAGGGCUCGGAGUCCGCCGGCGUCGCCGCCGCAGCCGCCGCCGCCGACUCGUCGCAGCAGGCCAACCUCAACCGGUACCGAUUGCAUCUGUACAAUUACGCGCUGCAGGCCGAACGGUUGCGGCUAUCCGGCGGAUGGGGCGCCGUGUGCCCGGUAUAUCCGGCCGCGGCCGCGGCCAUCUACCAGCCGCGGUUUCCGGUGGCGCUCUUCCAUCCGGGCGGCGGAAGCGCGGGCGCCGGACUGCAGGCCGCCGACGAGCCCAAGCCGCAGCACAGCUACAUCGGACUCAUCGCCAUGGCCAUACUCGGGUCGACCGAGGGCAAGCUCGUGCUGUCCGACAUCUACCAGUACAUAUUGGACAACUACCCGUACUUCCGGACCCGGGGCCCAGGAUGGCGCAACUCGAUCCGGCACAACCUGUCGCUCAACGACUGUUUCGUCAAGGCCGGUCGGUCGGCCAACGGCAAGGGCCACUAUUGGGCCAUACACCCGGCCAACGUGGACGACUUCAAGAAGGGCGACUUCAGGCGCCGGAAGGCCCAGCGCAAGGUCCGCCGGCACAUGGGCUUGGCCGUGGACGACGACGGUAACGAUUCGCCAAGUCCGCCGCCGCCGCCGCCGCCACCGCCGCCGUCUCUGCAGCAGCAGCACCACCAUCUGCACCAUCACGUGCAGCACCAUCACCUGCAGCAGCAGUCGCAACAACAUUUGCACCACCAGCAGAGGUCGCCGCCGGCCUUGUGGCAGUCCGCGGCCGCGGGUCAUCCGCAUCACCCGUUCUACUUCCAACCCGUCGUCCCGCAACCCGCGGUCGCCGCCCGGCAGCAACAGCAGCAACAGCAACAGUUGCAGCAACAGUCCGGGGCGCUCUUGGUGCCGGCCAGGGCGCAGAAACGGCAGUUCGACGUCGCGUCCCUGCUGGCGCCGGAUCCGCCGAAACGCAUGUUGCAACAGUUGCACCGGAGCGAUCCGAUGGCUGCGUUGACCGGCAACAGCGCGGGCGCCGCGAGCAGCGACGACGACGACGAGACUUGCGGCAGCCGGAACGGCAGCGGCGGUGGCGUCUGGGAACCGGCGGGCCUGCUGCAGAGGUACUACGAGCAGCAGUUGCAGGCCGCGCACCGGUUGCACGCUUUCCGCCAGUCGUUGGGCCUGCAGAGGAUGAUCGGAAGCGGCCCGUGGCCCGCCGUCAUCGUGCAAGACCGCAACCAGACGCCCACGCCGCCCUCGCUGCAGCCGUACGCCGAGGCCACUACCCCGACGCCCGACGACAACGUCUGCAAAACCGAACUAGUCGACUGAGGUAAACGCGACCGUUUUCCGAUUUUUUUUUUUUUUAUUAUAUAAUAAUAUAUUAAGAUAUCGCGUAUUUUAUCUGUAUCUGUACUUAUACGCCUUAUCGUUUCGUUACGGACUCGCCGCAACGUCAUCGCGUGUUAUACGACGAUUUCUUUGAAAAAAAACCAAACUACAGACUCACAGUGUCCCUAAUCUAUAAUAGAUACAUCGCAUAGGUACUUAAAUAUUAUAUCCGACUAAAUGUACCUUAUACGUGUAUAGGCGUGAGUAUCCAAAUAGUUAAUGUUUAGGUACUCACAAAAUCCCAUUUCGUUUUUGGAUCGUCGUCUUUAAAAGUGAAUAAUAUACAAUAUAAAAGAUUGCUAUUAUACUUAUUAUUAUUUUAUUUCCCGUCAUAUGUAAAUAAUUCGAAAUUUCUUUCAAUAUUUGACUGCGUUGCACGACAAUUUAUACAUAACUGGUGAUUGGUAUAUUAUAAUGUAUGAAAAGUAUAAACUGUUAAGCUUAAAAUUUCUCCCAUGAGUGAAUUCAUAGGUAUACACUAUAAUAUAAAUUAUCAUUUAACCCGUAAAAUAUUCACUAAAUUACAUCUUUAUUAGCAGUUUUCGUUCUACUCGAUCGUUUUUCUCCCAAUAUAAUUCUAGUGUUAUAAUAUAUUAUAUAUGCAUUUAUAUAAAAGCAUAUUAUAGAUACAAUAUACAUAUAAUUUAAUUUUGUUAUUUUUCGCUGAGGUAUAUGAAAUGUAUAAUAGUCCGUUUGGGUAAGUAAAAUUAUUAUUGCCUGCGAUACAUGUGAUUUUAUUUUAUUAUAUUUUUUACCCUACGUUACUAAAUAACAAUAUUACUAUUUACUAUUCGAAUAUGUUUUUUAAAGUUAUAGUCUUAUAUUAAUCAUGUACAUUUGUGAUCUUAUUUAAUUAUUGAAACCGUAGAUUACUAUGCAGUAUGUAUAAAUUAAUUAACUCAUUCUUAUUUAUUUUCCCAAUUAGUAUUUUUUUUUAAUGAAACAAGCACUGGCCCAAACGGUCUACGCCCGUAACAUAAUAGGUAUAAUAAGUAAAUAAAUAAAAAUCGUGGUACGCAGAAAUAUAUAAUUGUCCGAUUUACUAAUAUGUUUAAACCUUUCGGGAAAAGUUAUUAUUUGUAUUGUGUUAAACGAUUUUUAGAUCGAAAAUAUAGAGAAAUGUUUUUGAAUUGCAAUUAUGUUACACUUAUAAUACUCGUAUAAAUGUUUUUUCAUGUUUUUGUAAAUUAUGUAUAAAGUUAUAUAUUGUGAAAAACGAAUAUCGUUUAUAAAUUUGAUCGAUAUUGUGUAUAUUCUAGCGUUUACAAUUGAUUAUUAUUACUAUU